CAGCACGACGCCGCCACUUCGACCACUGUUCUCAGUCGCCUUCACCUCGUUCGACGACGUCUCGUUCGACAUGUCCCUCAGGAACCUCUUCAUCUCUGUGACCUGCGCACUCCUGCUUGCGUCCCGCGGCGCUGCCGCGCCAGCGGCCUCAUCGGUAGUCUCGCCGUCUGCCAGCUCUGUGGCGGCCCCACUGUCCGCCAGCUCCCCAGCAGCCUCUUCUCCAUCGCCUGCAUUGUCGUCCUCCGAGACCGAACCCUCGUCAACCGUGUCCGCGCCGCCGGUCUCCGAGACCGUGGCGCCUGCGUCGGACGAUCCCAACUACGUCGCCUGGACCUCUGACUACACCGGCACGCCAGAGGCAAUUCGUGACUCACUCGGUGGGACGGUCAUCGGCCCCCAGAACGUGCCGCUCGACCUCGAGAACCCAGACCUGCUCGCGCCGCCCACGACUGACAACGGCUUGGUGGCCAACGCCAAGUGGCCGUUCAGCUUGAGCCACAAUCGCCUCCAGACCGGCGGAUGGGCUCGCCAGCAGAACGUCGACCAGCUACCUGCCGCCACCGAGCUCGCAGGAGUUGACAUGCGCCUCGAGGCUGGCGCCAUUCGCGAACUCCACUGGCAUACCGCCUCCGAGUGGGCAUAUGUCACUCGGGGCUCCGUGCAAGUAACGGCCGUCAAUCAGCUCGGUCAGAACUUUGUCGGAACUGCCAACAAGGGUGACUUAUGGUUCUUCCCGGCCGGCGUCCCGCACUCUCUUCAAGCUACGAAUGCGACUGAGGAUGGCGCCGAGUUUCUGCUGGUCUUCGACAACGGCACCUUCGACGAGGACGGCACGUUCCUCAUCACCGACUGGCUGGCCCACACCCCGAAGGAGGUCAUCGCUAAGAACUUCCAGGCACCCAUCUCCGUCUUCAACGAGAUUCCGGGCGAGGAGCUCUACAUCUUCCCUGCUGCGUCGCCGGGUCCAGACUCGGACGCUCCCGCGGGUCCAUACGGCACGGUGCCGAGCCCGUACACGUUCGCGAUGUCCCAGAUGUCCGCGACAGAGCUGUCGGGCGGGUCGGUCAAGAUCGUGGACUCGCACGUGUUCAACAUCUCGAAGACGACGGCGGUCGCGGAGGUGACGGUCAACCCUGGCGCGAUGCGCGAGCUGCACUGGCACCCGACCCAGGACGAGUGGACGUACUUCCUGGAGGGAAACGCGCGGGUUACGGUGUUUGCGUCGUCAGGUAACGCGAACACGUUUGACUACCAAGGCGGAGACAUCGCCUACAUCCCCGCCGCCAACGGCCACUACGUCGAAAACAUCGGCAACACGACGCUCCGCUAUCUCGAGGUCUUCAAAACCGCGACCUUCCAGGACGUCAGCCUAUCUCAGUGGUUGGCCCUUACACCUCCGGCAAUGAUCGAAGCGACGCUCAACAUCAAUGCCGAGGACCUCAAGUACUUCAGCAAGACCAAGUCUAUCGUCAUCGGCCCCGCUCCAGUAAAUGGCACCGCGAACGGCACUACUGCCGCCUGAGAGCUUGCUGUACUCUCGACUGCCAUAAAUUGAAUAGAGAUACGUGGAAUUUAGUCGGCAUGAAGCCGUAGCCGUGCUUCCUAAACUCUGUAAAAUAACCUGCACCACAAUUUGAUCGUAAUGCCGAAUAAAAAUUUGUGCUCGUUUCGCUCCGACCUCAUCAGAUGUGUGAGGCUCGCAGCGCGAUAUGCACAAACUUGGAACUUGAAUUCAAAAACUAAACGGCGAGUCUUGAAUGC